GCCCCACCUCCUGACAGCAGAGGCGGCCUGCUGCUCUGCGGAGCACACAGCCCCAUGGCUCCCGACCCCAGCAGCGGCCGCGGCCACCACGGCCUCCUGCUGCUUGCCUGCUGCCUCUCGGCCGCCCAGGCUGACCUGUUCUCCUGGAUAUGGCCCAGGAACAGUGCCUGGCCCAUAGCCGCACCAGCCUCCAAGCCCCCGGGCAGCUCACCUGUGUGGCCCACGGAGGAUACCACCACGCACGUGGCCCCCCGGGAUGCUCCCACUGACUGGUGGAAAGUCUCUGCCAGCCCCACAGCCCCUCUGGGGAGGCCGGAGGUGGGGCAGGGCCAGACCCCCACUGGCCCCACGGCCUCCACUGUGAGCCUGGACCCGAAGGAGGAAAAUAUCGCCGGCGUCGGAGCCAAGAUCCUGAAUGUGGCUCAGGGCAUCCGGAGCUUCGUCCAGCUGUGGGACAACGCUAAGGACACCACCCCUGCCGAGAGCUCUGCCAGGGCAGGGACACUGGCCCCUGAGACCCCCACAGACCCCCUUUCUACGGCCCCGGGCGAGGGCUCCACCAGGGCAGAGACGCCGCCCCCCACGGACACCAUGGACGCCCUCUCCACCCCUGGACCCUCCAUCACCCCCCAGGACAGUGGGACCACCCUCCAGCUGAGCACCACGGCCCUGAGCUCUCCAGACACCCAGAGGACCGAGGCCGGCACCCUGCCAGUGCCCACCCAGCUGCCACCCUCCCCCGGCAGACCCUGGUUCAGGGAGUCCUUGGUAUCGCAGACCCCAGGUAGAUUUUCUCUUUCCUCCGUGCCGGCCCGGGCGCCUCCCCGGGGAAGCCAGCUGCCUCUCGGGCGGCCCCUGCAGCUGGACGGUGAAGGACUCUUGCUUGCAGCAGCCCGUCCCGGCCAGCAGCACGCUGACGACCGCAGGCCCACGCCGCCUCUACCUCCCCUGGUGACGGGUUCCCUGGGCAGGCACACUGCCCUCUGGGCUCUCUCCUCUGACCCCCCUGCCAAACUGUCUCAUGUCGCAGUCUCAGCUCUAACUGUAGACAGUGGUGCUUGGGCUCCCCACGUGGCUAAUUCUGCGGGGCCUGGUCUUGCUAACAAGUCCACACUGCUCGGGGCUGCUGAGCUGGCUGCCACCGAGCAGCCUGUCCCCACCACCGCUGGCCGCUGCCUGCCCCUGCCGCCCUCCCUGGCUCUCUGCGGCCACCUGGGCAUCAGACGCUCCUGGUGGCCCAACCACCUCCACCACACAAGUCGGGAGGAGGUGCAGGCCGCGGUCCCAGCCUGGGGGGCACUGCUCCGGACCCACUGCCACCGCUUCCUGGCCUGGUUCUUCUGCCUGCUACUGGCACCCCCCUGCGGGCCCGGCCUGCCGCCCGGCCUGCCACCCUGUCGCCAGUUCUGCGAGGCCCUGGAGGACGCAUGCUGGAGCCGCCUGGACGGGCGCGGGCUGCCACUUCCCUGCGCCUCGCUCCCGGCCCGCGAGGACGGGCACUGCGUGUUCAUAGGGCCACCGGCAGACGCCGAGGUCGUGGAGGUAGGGCUCCAGCAGCUGCUCGGGGAGCCCCCGCCGUGGCAGGUGGCCGUGGUGCACGACCCCGACGUGGGGCCCGCCUAUGAGUUCGGCGAGGACGGCAGCGGUGGAGGCCAGGCGGCCCGGAGACUCCUGCCCGGCGCGUUCUUCCAGGACUUCUCGCUGCUUGUGCGUGUGCGGCCGGCCUCGGCGCGCGCGGGCGUGCUCUUUGCGGUCACAGACCCGGCGCAGGCGGUGGUCUCGGUGGGCGUGAAGCUGACGGCGGCGCGUGGGGGGCGGCAGCACGUGCAGCUGCUGUACACGGAGCCCGGAGCCACCCACACGCGCACAGCCGCCAGCUUCGAGCUGCCCGCGCUGGAUGGUCGCUGGACGCGCCUGGCGCUCAGCGUGGAUGGUGCCUAUGCCAGGCUCUUCGUGGACUGUAAGGAGGUCCAGGGCCAGCCCCUGGCGCACUCGCUGCACGACCUGCAGCUGGAGCCCGACGCCCGACUCUUCGUGGCCCAGGCCGGUGGAGCGGACCCUGAAAAGUUCCAGGGUCUGAUCUCAGAGCUGAGGUUGCACAGGGAUCCUCAGGUGAGCCCCCGGCAGUGCCAGGACGAGGACGAGGACGACGAUGAUGAUGGGGCAUCUGGAGACCUGGGCAGCGGGCUUGUGGAGACUCAGGAGCAUCUCCAGGAGGAGUUGGGCGCGUCCCUUGGGCCCAGCCUCCCCGAGGCUCCUCCAGUCACUUCUCCACCCUUGGCUGGAGUCGUCAACGAGGAGGACUUGAGAACCGAGGAAGUAGAGGAGUCAACCACGGCGUCUUCAUUAGGAGCUCAGACCCUCCCCAGCUUGGGCACAGCUGGCACGUGGGAUGAGAGUGUUUGGAGCCCUGGGAGCAGCGUGAAAGAGCGAGGCCUGAAGGGGCAGAAGGGAGAGCCUGGCGCUCAGGGCCCCCCUGGCCCCAUUGGCCCCCAGGGUCCUGCAGGCCCAGCCAUAGACAGCCAUGAGGCACAGCCUGUUUCCGGACCACAGGGACCCCCUGGGCCCCAGGGACCCCCGGGGAAGGACGGCACCCCUGGAAGGGACGGUGAGCCCGGUGAUCCUGGUGAAGACGGGAAGCCCGGGGACACUGGGCCACAGGGCUUCCCAGGGACCCCAGGAGAUGUGGGCCCCAAGGGCGAGAAGGGGGAUCCUGGAGUCGGACCGAGGGGACCCCCAGGACCCCAGGGGCCUCCGGGGCCCCCAGGGCCCUCCUUCAAACCCGACAGGCUGACCUUCAUCGACAUGGAGGGAUCCGGUUUUGGCGGUGACCUGGAGAGCCUCCGCGGCCCUCGCGGCUUCCCCGGCCCCCCGGGGCCCCCUGGCGUCCCAGGCCUGCCAGGAGAGCCAGGCCGCUUCGGGAUGAACAGCUCGGACGUCCCUGGACCCGCAGGCCUGCCUGGCGUGCCUGGGAGGGACGGGCCGCCUGGGCGUCCGGGGCCCCCGGGACCCCCAGGUACUCCAGGAAAAGACGGACAACCAGGACUGACUGGACAGAAAGGCAGCCUCGGUGAGGCGGGCGCCCCAGGACCCAAGGGAAGCAAGGGAGACCCUGGCCCCAUCGGCGCUCCUGGGGAGCAUGGCCUGGCAGGAGCCCCUGGACCCGCAGGCCCACCAGGGCCCCCUGGCCCCCCCGGGCCCCCAGGCCCAGGAUUCGCCACAGGGUUUGACGACAUGGAAGGCUCCGGGAGCCCCUUAUGGUCAACAGCCCGAGGUGCCGAUGGGCUGCAGGGACCGCCCGGCACGCCCGGAGUCAAGGGGGAUCCUGGAGCUGUGGGGCCACCAGGGAGCAAGGGAGAAGUUGGAGCAGACGGAACACCAGGCCUCCCCGGCCUCCCGGGCAGAGAGGGUGCAGCUGGACCCCAGGGACCAAAAGGAGAAAAAGGGACUCAGGGAGAGAAAGGAGACCCAGGGAAGGAUGGAGUGGGGCAGCCAGGACUCCCGGGACCCCCCGGACCCCCAGGGCCUGUCGUCUACGUGUCGGAGCAGGAUAGAGUGCUGGCGAGUGUGCCAGGCCCCGAGGUACAUGCACCCUGGGAUGGGCUGGGCGUGGGCAGCCUCUCCAGGGGGGGAGUCCUGACUGUCCUGUCUCUGCAGGGCCGUGCGGGCUUCGCUGGCUUCCCCGGACCAGCCGGGCCAAAGGGAGACCUGGGCGCCAAAGGCCAGCAGGGCAUCCCGGGACCCAAGGGUGAGAAGGGAGAGCCGGGCACAUUCUUCGCCCCCGAUGGCAGAGCACUGACCCCCGCCCAGAAAGGAGCCAAGGGUGAGCCUGGCUUCCGAGGACCCCCGGGUCCGUACGGGCGGCCCGGGCACAAGGGAGAGAUCGGAUUCCCUGGACGGCCGGGGCGUCCCGGGAUGAAUGGGCUGAAAGGGGAGAAGGGGGAGCCGGGGGACGCCAGCGUGGGAUUCGGCAUGAGGGGUCCAGCUGGCCCACCUGGGCCUCCGGGGCCCCCAGGCCCUCCCGGGACUCCUCUCUAUGACAGCAACGCAUUUGUGGACUCUGGCCGCCCUGGACCCCCGGGAUUGCCAGGGCACCAGGGGCCUUCUGGACCCAAGGGUGACAAAGGAGAUGUGGGCCCUCCCGGACCACCAGGGCAGUUCCCAUUUGACCUCCUCCAGCUGGGUGCUGAGAUGAAGGGGGAGAAGGGGGACCGAGGGGCCGCUGGGCAGAAAGGAGAAAGGGGUGAGCCCGGGGGCGGAGGAUUCUUCGGCUCCGGUGUGCCUGGCCCCCCCGGCCCACCCGGCUACCCAGGGAUUCCGGGCCCCAAGGGAGAGAGCAUCCGCGGCCAGCCCGGCCCUCCGGGACCUCAGGGACCCCCUGGCAUUGGCUACGAGGGACGCCAGGGGCCUCCUGGGCCCCCUGGACCCCCAGGGCCCCCGGGACCCCCUUCCUUUCCUGGCCCCUACAGGCAGACCAUCAGUGUUCCUGGCCCGCCAGGCCCACCUGGGCCCCCAGGACCCCCUGGAUCCAUGGGCACUUCUUCAGGGGGAUCCACUGGGCUGGGCUUCCAGCAGGUGAGGGUCUGGGCCACGUACCAGAUGCUGGUGGACCAGGUGACGCAGGUGCCGGAGGGCUGGCUCAUCUACGUGGCCGACAGGGAGGAGCUGUACGUCCGGGUCCGGAAUGGGUUCCGGAAGGUUCUGCUGGAGGCCCACGUGCCCCUCCCCCAUGGGACGGACAACGAGGUGGCCGUCUUGCAGCCCCCGCUGGUGCAGCUGCAUGAGGGUAAUCCCUACCCCCGCCGGGAGGUCCCACACCCGACAGCGCGGUCCUGGCGGGCGGACGACAUCCUGGCCAGUCCCCCGCGCCUGCCGCACCCCCAGCCCUACCCCGGCGCCCCGCACCACGGCGCCUACGCACACCUCCGGCCGGUGCCCCCCACGGCCUCGCCCUCCCACACCCACCACGACUUCCAGCCGGUGCUGCACCUGGUGGCGCUCAACAGCCCGCAGUCGGGCGGCCUGCGCGGCAUCCGCGGCGCCGACUUCCAGUGCUUCCAGCAGGCGCGCGCCGCGGGGCUGGCCGGCACCUUCCGCGCGUUCCUGUCCUCGCGGUUGCAGGACCUGUACAGCAUCGUGCGCCGCGCCGACCGGGCCACCCUGCCCGUCGUCAACCUCAGGGACGAGGUGCUGUUUCCUAGCUGGGAGGCCUUGUUCUCUGGCUCCGAGGGCCAGCUGAAGCCCAGCGCCCGCAUCUUCUCCUUCGACGGCAGAGAUGUCCUCCAGCAUCCCGCCUGGCCCCAGAAGAGCGUGUGGCACGGCUCAGACCCCAGCGGGCGCCGGCUGACCGAGAGCUACUGCGAGACAUGGCGGACAGACAGCAGGGCGGCCACGGGCCAGGCCUCCUCGCUGCUGGCGGGCCGGCUGCUGGAGCAGAAAGCCGCUGGGUGCCACAACGCCUUCAUCGUCCUCUGCAUCGAGAACAGCUUCAUGACCUCCUCCUCCAAGUAGGGCCUCUGCGGGCACCAUGGACAGGUGGACUGGCGAACAGAGUGCCAGAGAGGAGCCAGGCGCCAGGCAGGAGGAGUGGAAUGCCCCCAGCCUUGGCAGAGAGCCUCUGCCGGCACCCCAGGGAGGGGACCUGGCUGGGACACUUGCCUGUAUGGUUCAUGUUUCAUGUAAUCCUCAAGAAAUAAAAGGAAGCCAAAGAGUGUAUUUUUUAAAAAGUUUAAAA